UCCAAGAUGGCGGCGUCCACAGAAGAUUGGAUGUGUGAGGAGCUCGCUAAACUAGGGAUUGAUGCUAAUGAAGAAAGUGCAAGGUACAUCCUUGCAAUUGAAACAGCCAAAGAUUUGGAGGACUAUAUGCUAGAUCUGCUAGAUGCAAGUGACUCAAAAGUACGCAGAUUCGUGAAAGAGCUCCUCAAUCGGUGGCACCCUCCAUCAAGUCUACAAGUGCCUGAUAAUGUUUUGGUAUACAGAAAAGGGAAAGACAGUGAUGAGUUUACUCAGGGUUCACAAAAAGCAAAGAAAAAGAAACAAAAACAAGAGAAUAAAAACAAUUCCAAUUCUUCCCCAGAAAACAUAAAUGGAGUUAUAGACCACAACCAGAUGCCAGUUCCUUCCAUUGUAGAAAGUUCUCAUGGCAAUGCUGACAAGUUGAAAAAGAAAUCUAAAUUUGUUCCUCUCUACAGUCAGGAAGGCCAAGAGAAAACAGUCCUCAAGUUGCCUGGUCGUCACACGUGUGAGUGCCAGGCCUCGAAGCAUUCGCUUGUCAACAACUGCACCUGCUGUGGGCGUGUGGUGUGUCAGCAGGAGGGGUCCGGCCCCUGCGUCUUCUGUGGGACAUUGGUGUGUACGAGGGAAGAACAAGAGAUACUGAACCGAGGGUCCAAGAAGAGUGAGAGGCUGCGACAGCAGCUGAUGAAAGGAGCAACAAUAGUGCCGUUCCUGGAGACAGAGGGAGGAGGGGGAGGCUUGUUGCCAACGGCAGCUGUCAAGAUGUCCGAAGGUCUGGAAAAGGCACUCAAACACAAGGAAAGACUGCUAGACUUUGAUCGGACCAGUGCGAGACGAACCAAAGUGAUAGAUGAUGAAAGUGACUAUUUUGCCUCGGACUCUAAGUGGCUCAGCAAGAAAGACAGGGAAGCACUGAAGAAACGUGAGGAAGAGCUCCGAAGUCAGAGGUUUGCAUCGAGGAGAGAUCGGAAAAUAACGCUUGACUUUGCUGGGCGUCAAGUGGUUGAUGCGGAAUCGGAUGCUGCAAAAUACAUGUAUGAUGCCAAUGAUGAGGUGGUGCAGCAAGUUUAUCAAGGUGCGCGGCCCAAAAACUCACCUAGUGCUUACACGUUACAGGAAUCUGGGAAUAUACUGAACCCCACCAUAGUACAGCCAGCACCAACAUUUGUGUCGAAAGGGUCUUCCUUUAGUCGGAAGGUUAUUGGUCAGAGUUCAUCUUGUGAUGUUGACCCACAUGCCAAGUCAGCUCGUAUCCAGGACCGCCAGUUGCUGGAGAUGACAGACGAGGGCAUGUGCAUGAGCAUGCAUCAACCGUGGGCGUCGCUGCUUAUCAAAGGAAUCAAAAUGCAUGAAGGCCGGGUUUGGUACACAGCCCACCGAGGUCGCCUCUAUGCGGCUACAUCAAAGUCCCCCACCACACAGGAAACACACGAGGUGGAGCAGAUGUAUCAGUAUCUCUACACAGAUCCCAACAUAUCCUUCCCCAGCACCUACCCUGUGGGCUGUCUCCUGGGCUGUGUGGAUGUUGUGGACUGUCUCUCUCAGGAGGAGUACAGUCAGCAGUUUCCAGAUGGCGAGUCUGCCUCACCGUAUGUGUUCAUCUGUGAGAACCCACAGGAGCUAAUCGUCAAAUUUCCAAUCAGGGGAAAACACAAAAUAUAUAAACUCGACAGUCGCAUACACCAAGCUGCUAAGAAAGGUCUCGCCAGUCAAGCCAAUCAAGUCACUGACAGGAGUCGAUUUUAGAGGACUAGCACACACUUGUUUUAAUUAUUGUUGGUUCAUCUGGUGUAUAAAGUGAUGCAUUUGGACGGGUAGAUAUAUACAGGGCUGAUUGCUGGACAGGAAGUUGUUGUGUAAUUGUGUUGUUAGGUCGGAACAGAGUUGAUGUGUUCAAGGUUGGGGGACAACACUGCGCUGUGUCAGUCAUGAAACUAUUGCGUGAUGACGGUGAUUGGUUGAAACAAGUGCGCUGAUGUUUUAUAGCUAAUGAUACAUACCUGUUGUUUACUUUGAACAAUUCAGUAUACAACUUAGGUGCAACCCAAGGCGUCACUGCGACUCCUUGUAUAUAACCAGGGACUCAUUGUAACACCUUGUGUUUUACCUGAGUAGUCAAUGUGAUACAUUGUGUAUAACCAGGGAGUCAUUGUGACACCUUGUGUUUUACCUAAGUAGUCAAUGUGAUACAUUGUGUAUAACGAGGGACUCAUUGUGACACCUUGUGUUUUACCUGAGUAGUCAAUGUGAUACAUUGUGUAUAACCAGGGACUCAUUGUGACACCUUGUGUUUUACCUAAGUAGUCAAUGUGAUACAUUGUGUAUAACCAGGGACUCAUUGUGACACCUUGUGUUUUACCUGAGUAGUCAAUGUGAUACAUUGUGUAUAACCAGGGAGUCAU